AUGUGGAGCGGGUUCCCGCUGUACUCCGAGGGCUGCGGCUCUGGCACGGACCUGUGGCAGGGCCGGGCGGCGCUGGAGCGCACGGGCGACUUCCUGCGGCAGGCGAGCGCGCUGAGCCGCGCGCGGCCCGGCGCCCCCCGCGGGCGGCAAGGGAACGGCACCGGCGCCCCCCAGGUCAACAUACUCUACGACCACCCCACCGGCGCCAGGCCCUGGCUGCAGGUGCCGCCGCUGUCGCUGGCCUCUGCCCUCCCGCCGCGGGGCGACGACGGCUGCGGCAGCUCCAGCGGCGCCGCCGCCGCGGGGCCCGAGGCCGCCUGGGCGCCCCCCGCGGCGCCUGCCGCCGAGGGCGCGGCGGCGGCCUUCGAGGAGGCAUGGCAGAGCGGGCUCCGGGCGCGGUCGCUGCCGCAGGCGCCGCAGCCGCUCUCGGAGACCACUGGCGCCGUGGGCGCCGAGGGAGCUCGGCCGGGGAGCGCCGCGAGCGGCCAGCGGCUCCGGAGCGCCCUGGACGUCACGCCUGCCGCGGGCGCCGAGGUGGGGCGGAGGGGCGACGACGCCGCCUGCGCGGGCUGCGGCCUGCGGCCCUACCUGGCGGGCGCGGUGAUCGGGUCCGCGGUCACUCUGGCGGCGCUGGCCGUGGCGCGCCAUCGGAGCGACUUGGCGGGCAGCCAGGACGCCCUGGGCGUGCUGCUGGAGUGCUGGUCGGGCCUCGCUCUGCCGGACUGCAAGGCGCACGAGUACGAGCGCGUCGGCUCGGCCGCGGACGUCCUGCGGGGGGAGCCGGAGCCCUACGAGCACGCCUCGCCCCGAGAGCUGGAGGACCUGCCGACGCUGACGUCGCGCGGCAGGCCCAGGUCGUCGUCGCCGCUCGCGCUGCCGCUGGAGCCAGCCGGCGCGGGCUGGUCCUAUGGCGGCCAGGGCGCCCCCGAGCUAUGGCGCCGCAGCGAGGCGCCGGCUUGGACGCCGCGGCGCCGCGAGGAGGCGGAGCCGCGGCGGGCCGCGGCGGGCCCGCCCGCGCCCGGCGGGUGGUCCCUGCUCUCGCUGCUGCCCGAGGCCCUGUGGCCCGCCGCGGGGCGGCCCCCGCCGGCGCGCGCCGUGGCCGCCGCGCGGCGCGGGCCGCCGGCGGGCGGCGCCGCGCCCUGCUCGCCGCGGGAGCCGCGGUGCGCCUCGAGGGGCCCAGCGCCCGGGCGCAGCCCGCGAGGCGCGGAGCCGUGGGGCGGCGGCGGCGGCCGCAGCCCGCGGAGCCCGUCGCCGGGGCGCUUCGUGGCGGCCGACGACCGGCGCUUCGUGGAGCAGCGCAGCCCGCGCUGGGGCGCUGGCCCGAGCCCGAG